UUGUCUACUCAAAUUGAAGUGUAAUACCCCCACGCAUAACCUUGAAUUGGCAACCACGCUCACUUUAGCGGAACUGUAUGAUUGAUCGUUAACGUGCGCCGGAGGCCAAGAAAUAGGGUUUAUAAUGUUGCGAAGCAAAUGCCCUCGGAAUCAUCCCCUCCGCGCGAUCGUGUUGGGGAUUUGGAUGCGGCAAUUCGAAAGCGAUGCGGUUCUCAGUCAGGGCGGCCAAGAGCUUGCCGCUGAUGCCAUCAAAAUCGAGUCUUUCACUCUCCUCCUCAUCCUCUUCUUCGGCCCCAGAAAUCGGUGUGGGGCGACGUGGGAGGGAAGCCCGGAGGAGACGCAGUCGUCGAGGAAGGAGAGGCGAAGAUUCUUAUGGAUUCUGCCAACGGCGUAUUCUACGACGAGGCCCAGGUUCAUAACAGAGACAUUUCCAUUGCUGUUUUAAGGACUUCUAUCUCAAAACGCAAGGAAGAACAUGCUAUUAUGUUGAGCAGGAAAAGAUCGGCAUCAGAGGUCCCUUGUGACAGGCCUUCUGAUUAUUUAUCAGAUGGAGAUUGUCAAAUCCAACUAGACACUUCAGAUUAUACCAAAGGCAACUUAAGAGAAAUUCAGGAAAUUCCUGCCUCAAAAGUUCAAGAACUCAAAGCACCCACGGUUCUCGAGGCUUUAGCUGCUUCUGGAUUACGAUCGCGGAGAUAUGCACUUGAAAUAGAUGGCAUUGGCAAAAUUGUCGCUCUCGACUAUGACGAAUAAUCUAUUGAAGCUUGCAAAAGAAAUAUACAGUUUAAUGGCUCUCUGGCAUCAUCAAAGGUGGAAACUCAUCUUGCCGAUGCCUGAGUUUAUAUGCUUACCCAUCCAAAAGAAUUUGAUGAGGUCUUAAGGGACCAUGGGAGGCUUCGGGGAGGCUGACCUUUGCGGACGGACACGCAAGGGUGUCGCACGACUUAGGCAAAACCGGCUAAGUCCGUGACAAUGAGAUGACUUUGAAGAUGCUUCUUGCUUGUGUUGAGAGUCAUGCAAACCGUUACAGACAUUACAUUGUUCUCAUCAUCUCUGUGCCGAUGGAUUUUUAUAUGCAAGUGUUUGUGCACAUAUUCACGGUCUGCUAGGAUGAUGAAGAUCACGCCACUUAAAACUCUCAUACAUAUAUCAGUGUGCUGGUUGUGAUUCAUUUCAUUUACAAAGCCUUGGGAGGACUGUUACUAAGGUAUCAUAUCAAUUAACUGUUGUUUCAUGGUUCAAAUAUGACAUUUUGCUUUGAUACUGUCAUCUAUAUUUUCACUGUUACAUGUUCCUGCAAUUCUGAUUUUGGCUCUCGUCUACACUAUCUAGAACAACACAGUUGUUCCUAAAAAAUGCACCUGACUGUGGAAGGAAUUUUAGCAUGGGUGGGGUGGACCUAUAUGGUCUGCUCCCAUCCCUGACCAAGAAUGGGUAGAGCUUCCAUUGUUACAAAAUAUUAAGCUGCAAAGGAUAAGCAUCCUGCAUACAAAAAGAUUGUAGCUGUACUUAUAGCAAUAUCAGAGGUUUUAAAAUAUUAUUUUAAUUCAUCCAUUGAGAU